GGCGGGGCGGGCCGCUGCCCGGGAGUCCGAGCUCGCGCCCCCGCCCCAGGCAAGCCCCAGAGGGAUCCCCGGCCCGAUCCGGAGGCCGGUGCUGCCCGGGUUCCCGUGCCCGCGCCGUGCCCUGAGUCCGAGUCCGGCCCGAGCCGCGGCUGCGCGGCAGUCCUCCAUCCGUUCAGUUCCACCACCUCACCUGGAUGUCCGCCCAACCCCGGCCCUGGAAGCUUGGGAAAGGGGCAGGGCCAAGGCGGAUUCCCUUCCCGACCCUCCUGCCAGGGACCUCAGGAGCCACCCACGUCCCCACCUCGCUGUCUGCUGCCUUGUCUCGGCCUCCCCUGCUGGGGCAGCCGCCACCAUGUUCUCGUGUGUGAAGCCCUACGAGGACCAGCACUACUCUGCCCUGAAGCGGUCCUGUCUGCGCAGGAAGGUGCUCUUCGAGGACCCCAACUUCCCAGCCACCGAUGACUCGCUGUACUAUAAGGGCACCCCAGGCCCCACAGUCAGGUGGAAGCGGCCCAAGGACAUAUGUGAGGACCCCCGCCUCUUUGUGGACGGCAUCAGCUCCCAUGACCUGCACCAGGGCCAAGUGGGCAACUGCUGGUUUGUGGCGGCCUGCUCGUCGCUCGCCUCCCGGGAGUCACUGUGGCAGAAGGUCAUCCCAGACUGGAAGGAGCAGGAAUGGGAGCCCGAGAAACCCAGUGCCUAUGCGGGCAUCUUCCACUUCCACUUCUGGCGCUUUGGGGAGUGGGUGGAUGUGGUCAUUGAUGACCGGCUGCCCACAGUCAACAACCAGCUCAUCUACUGCCACUCCAGCUCCCGCAACGAGUUCUGGUGUGCCCUGGUGGAGAAGGCCUAUGCCAAGCUGGCGGGCUGUUACCAGGCCCUGGAUGGAGGCAACACGGCGGAUGCGUUGGUGGACUUCACAGGAGGCGUUUCCGAGCCCAUUGACCUGACUGAGGGCGGCUUCGCCAAUGAUGAGGCCAAGAGGAACCAGCUCUUUGAGCGUGUGUUGAAGGUGCACAGCCGGGGAGGCCUCAUCAGUGCCUCCAUCAAGGCAGUGACAGCAGCAGACAUGGAGGCCCGCCUGGCGUGUGGCCUGGUGAAGGGCCAUGCGUAUGCCAUCACUGACGUGCGCAAGGUGCGCCUGGGCCAUGGCCUGCUGGCCUUCUUCAAGUCGGAGAAGCUGGACAUGAUCCGCCUGCGUAACCCCUGGGGCGAGCGGGAAUGGAACGGGCCCUGGAGUGACACCUCGGAGGAGUGGCAGAAAGUGAGCAAGAGUGAGCGCGAAAAAAUGGGUGUGACUGUGCAGGAUGAUGGGGAGUUCUGGAUGACCUUCGAGGACGUGUGCCGGUACUUCACUGACAUCAUCAAGUGCCGCUUGAUCAAUACAUCUUACCUGAGCGUCCACAAGACGUGGGAGGAGGCCCGGCUGCGGGGCGCCUGGACGCGGCACGAGGACCCCCAGAAGAACCGCAGUGGCGGCUGCAUCAAUCACAAGGACACCUUCUUUCAGAACCCACAAUACAUCUUUGAUGUCAAGAAGCCGGAAGAUGAAGUGCUGAUCUGCAUCCAGCAGCGGCCAAAACAGUCUACCCGCCGGGAUGGCAAGGGUGAAAAUCUGGCCAUUGGCUUUGACAUCUACAAGGUGGAGGAGAACCGCCAAUACCGCAUGCACAGCCUGCAGCACAGGGCCGCCAGCUCCAUCUACAUCAACUCACGCAGCGUCUUCCUGCGGACGGACCAGCCCGAGGGCCGCUUUGUCAUCAUCCCCACCACCUUCGAGCCGGGCCACACUGGCGAGUUCCUGCUUCGGGUCUUCACUGACGUGCCCUCCAACUGCCAGGAGCUGCGCCUGGACGAGCCCCCCCGCUCCUGCUGGAGCUCCUUGUGCGGCUACCCCCAGCAGGUGACCCAGGUGCACGUCCUAGGGGCUGCUGGGCUCAAGGACUCCUCCACAGGGGCCAACUCUUAUGUGAUCAUUAAGUGUGAGGGGGACAAAGUCCGCUCGGCCGUGCAGAAAGGUACCUCGACGCCCGAGUACGACGUGAAAGGCAUCUUCUACCGCAAGAAGCCAGGCCAGCCCAUCACAGUCCAGAUCUGGAACCACCGAGUCCUGAAGGACGAAUUCCUGGGCCAGGUGCACCUGAAGGCUGACCCCGAUCACCUCCAGGCCCUGCACACUCUGCACCUCCGGGACCGCAACAGCCGGCAGCCUAGCGACCUGCCCGGCACUGUUGCCGUGCGCGUCUUCAGCAGCGUCUCCCUCACUGGCCGUCUGACACCCGCCCACCCUGCCUGGCCUCCACAGUUUUACCAUCUGCAUGUCCCCAGCCUGGCCAGGGGACUAGCCUGGGAGCCCAGGACGCUGGGGGGCCUCUUCCCAGCUUUUCCACUGACUUGCGGGGUGACCUGGGAUGGCCUCUGCCCUUCUCAGGGCCUCAGUGUUCCCAGGCCCCCUGAAGCGUUCCCUUCUCAUGGAGGGGCCUUCCUCUGAGAUUGACAGUAGCUCUCCUUCCCCAACUGUCACCACUGCGAAGGGACUCUAUCCGUUGAAAACAUUUCCCAAGGCCCUGCUGUCUGCUGACCGGAAGUUGC